CAGAAACCAGGACAGACGGAGACAACUUUCUUCCAGACUCACAUUUUUCACGGAGAGAGUUUUGGUGCGCUUUGGAAAAAGCGCACAAGUUAUUAAGUCACUGAAUUUUGAGUCGUCGGAUUUUUUUUGGAGGAGCUCGAAAUUAAAUUGUGAGUGCGGUGGAUGUGAACAACAGGCGAAGGUUUAACACAGAGCCGGAGGAAUGUAUCCAACUCGGACAGCGGCGUGCCAGCGUCUCUGGAGAUGUCCAGCCUGCGCUCUCUGGAUCGCCCUGCUCCUCCAAAGCGUCCUGGACCUGAGCGCGUCUGGGUCUGAGUUUCCCCAAGACCCCAGUGUGCUAGCUGCCACCUCAUGGAACAUCUCUAGUGAUGGGCCCUUCUUUAUCCGUCUUGAAGCUCCCUUGAACAACAUCACCACCUCUCUGGGCCACACAGCCGAGCUCUUCUGUCGUGUGUCUGGCAACCCGCCACCCACUGUACGCUGGCUGAAGAACGAUGCCCCUGUUGUCCAGGAGCCACGGCGUGUCUCGUAUCGGUCCAUGCCAUACGGAUCACGCCUCCGCAUCCGCAACCUGGACACCACCGACACAGGCUACUUUCAGUGUGUGGCCACCAAUUCCCAGGGUACAGUGUCAACAACGGGCGUGCUGUUCGUCAAAUUCGAUCCCCUCCCUACACCUCUGCCAGGAAGGCCAACGGAGGAAUUUGAUGAAGAGGGUUUCUGCCAACCGUACAGAGGCAUAGCCUGCGCCCGCUUCAUCGGUAACCGCAGCAUCUUUGUUGAUUCAUUGCAGAUGCAGGGCGAGAUCGAGACCCAGAUUACAGCGGCCUUCACCAUGAUUGGGACAUCCAACCAUUUGUCCGACCGUUGCUCUCAGUUUGCCAUCCCUUCUCUCUGCCACUUUGCCUUCCCUACAUGCGACCGCAGCUCCGGAACCGACAAACCUCGGGACCUGUGUAAGGAUGAGUGCGAGAUCCUAGAGAACGACUUGUGUAAGACCGAGUACAUCAUCGCCCGUUCAAACCCUUUAAUCCUGAAGAGACUGAAGCUGCCAAACUGUGAGGACCUGGCUGCCUCUGACAGUCCCGAGGCUGCAAACUGUCUGAGGAUAGGCAUCCCCAUGGCUGAGCCCAUUAACAAGAAUCACAAGUGUUACAAUAGCAGUGGGGCAGACUACCGCGGGACAGUCAGUAUGACAAAGUCGGGGCGUCAGUGUCAGCCGUGGAACUCCCAGUAUCCUCACAGCCACACCUACCUGGCCGUCCGCUAUCCAGAGCUGAACGGGGGACACUCGUACUGUCGCAACCCAGGGAACAAACAUGAGGCCCCCUGGUGCUUCACACUGGAUGAGGCUGUCCGCAUGGAGCUCUGUGAUAUACCCAUCUGCGAUCAUAAAGACAAGUCUGGCGGCAGCAACAUGGAGAUCUUGUACAUCCUGGUUCCCAGUGUUGCCAUCCCACUAGCCAUUGCCUUGCUGUUCUUCUUCAUUUGUGUGUGCCGCAACAACCAGAAGUCUUCCAGGCCUCCUGCCCCCCGCCAGCCCAAACCAGUCCGAGGACAAAACGUUGAGAUGUCCAUGCUCACAACUGCAUACAAGCCAAAGAGUAAGGCCAAAGAGCUACCUUUGUCAGCUGUGCGUUUCAUGGAGGAGCUUGGAGAGUGCACUUUAGGGAAGAUCUACAAGGGUCACCUGUAUCUCCCUGGCAUGGAUCAGGCUCAGCUUGUGGCCAUAAAGACCCUGAAGGAUAUCUCCAGUGCCCAGCAGUGGGGCGACUUCCAGCAGGAGGCUGCAGUGCUGACUGAGCUACAACACCCAAAUGUGGUGUGCCUGUUGGGUGUGGUGACCCAGGAGCAGCCCGUGUGCAUGCUGUUUGAGUUUCUUCCUCAGGGCGACCUCCAUGAGUUCCUCAUUAUGCGUUCACCACACUCUGACGUUGGCUGCAGCAGUGAUGAGGACGGCACGGUGAAAUCCAGCCUGGAUCAUGGAGACUUCCUGCAUAUGGCCAUACAGGUGGCUGCUGGGAUGGAGUACUUGGCCAGCCACUUCUACGUCCAUAAAGACCUCGCUGCUCGGAACAUUUUAGUCGGCGAACAGCUUCACAUUAAGAUUUCUGACCUGGGUCUCUCCAGAGAGAUCUACUCCUCAGACUACUACUGCAUUCAGCCCAAGACCCUGCUGCCCAUCCGCUGGAUGCCCCCUGAGGCCAUUGCCUAUGGCAAGUUCACCACAGAUUCAGACAUCUGGUCAUUCGGAGUUGUGCUGUGGGAGAUCUUCAGUUACGGCCUGCAGCCCUAUUACGGCUUCUCCAACCAGGAAGUGAUGGAGAUGGUGAGAAAGAGACAGCUGCUGCCCUGCCCUGAGGACUGCCCACCAAGGUUCUAUGUUUUGAUGACUGAGUGCUGGCAAGAGGGACCAGGACGUAGACCGAGGUUCAAGGACAUCCACGCCCGCCUGCGAGCCUGGGAGGGGCUGUCAUCCCACGCCAGUUCCAGCACACCUUCUGGAGGCGGAGGCAACGCCACCACUCAGACCACCUCACUCAGUGCCAGCCCUGUCAGCAACCUCAGCAACCCUCGUUAUGCUGCUGCCGCUGCCGCAGCAGGAUACCUCUACCCAGCCCAGGCUAUUCCCUCGCCGGGCCAGAUGGCUCAGAUUCCAGCCUGGACGCCCAUGGCUGUGCCUCAGACCCACCAGCGCUUUAUCCCAGUCAACGGAUACCCCAUUCCACCUGGAUAUGCAGCUUUUCCUGCCCACUUCCCUCCCCCAGCUCCACCCACCAGGGUAAUCCAGCACCACCUGCCACCUCCUAAAAGCCGCUCACCCAGCAGCGCUAGUGGCUCCACCAGCACAGGUCACGUCAGCGGUGUACCCUCCACCACGGGCUCCAACCAUGACGCCAACGCGCCACUGCUUUCCCACUGCAUCAUGCCGGGGAGCGGCGGAGGGCCAGCUCAGGUGUAUGGACAAGUUUCCCAGAAAGGGAUGGGACAGCUGGACCAAACAUCAGCGCUGCUCGUUGGUGAUUCUGACGUACUGAUGUACAACGACUCGGUCAUCACCGCAGACCUGUAGAUAGAUAGAUGGUUACUCACACUCUUUCCUCUUGGGACCCAACUAUGAGAAGUUUCAACUCUCAGCCAGGGACCUGGUCUAAUAAUUCUACUCUGGUCAUACUUAGGCGAAACAGGCCUGGAAGCACAUCUGGGUCUGCAAGAAACACUGUCGCAGCUACACAAGUAUAUACGCAGCAGUUUGACUUUUUAAUGCCUUAUUGUUUAAAGCAAGUGUACUUGUUACCAUGGUUUGGAAAUGUUAUUAUUUUAACCUCUGUGUAAAUACGGUACAUAAGUCCUGAAUGAAUGAGAUACAAAGAUAUAUAUUCAAAAGAACAUUUUAUUGUGGAAAACACUUUAAGGUGAAAAAGUAGCGAGUCCUUCCCGUCUCCUUACUGUGUACAACAGUCUGACAAAAAGUUCAUGUCAACAACUCAAAGGGCUGUUUCAUGCAGGAUGUUAAGGAGACACUGACAUUCAUAUCAUGACCUUUAGGUGCCUUGCAGCAGUGGUGUGACUUGCUUGUUUCUGGACAUUAAAAUGCUAAAAUGUACAGUACAUUUGCUUGUACAGUGAUAGUGAGUGACAGCCAAGCAAGCAAGAAUGGAAACAGCAGCCUGAAUAAACCAGAGGUGUGUUGGUUUUUCUGAGAAGACCUGCACCGACCUGCCCCAGUGCAACAGUAUACAAGGUGCACAGGUGAUGUACCUGAAGCUAAACCUUAGCAUUGUAGACUGUUAAUAUGAGAGCUGUCCAUCGAAGCAGCUGGAACAAAAAUACUCAUACAUCAUCAUUUUCACACAAAAUCCUUUUUUCAGAAAUGACACCUGAAUGUUUUUGUGCAACCUCAUCAUGACUACGUGAGACUUUUGCAACACAGACACAGGCCUCUUUGCCUUUUUCAAACCUCAUCAUACUGCAAGCUGUCCAGGCUGAGAAACACAGAAGGAGAUUUUUUUUUUUUAUUAUUGAAUACUAAACCCCACCUCAGCUUUUCAUUCUCCCUUCAUUUUCCAGUCUUCUCUAACACUCACCCUCCCAGCACAAACUUCAAAGCCCCGACAGAUCUAAAAAUUAAAUCACACAGCACUCAUAUCCUUUACAGGCACAGCUAAACUGGACCGCUCUCAGGGCAAACACUUCAUUCACCAU